AUGCCAACAGCCAGAGCUGAGUUGGAAUCAGGCGCCACCAGGCUGACCUGGGGAGAGCGCAAAGGUGAUUGUUGGCUUCUGGCAGCCAUUGCCUCCCUCACCUUGAGUGAAAAGCUGCUUUACCGAGUGGUUCCCAGGGACCAGAGCUUCCAGAAGAACUAUGCAGGCAUUUUCCAUUUCCAGUUCUGGCAGUACGGAGAGUGGGUGGAGGUGGUCAUUGAUGACAGGCUCCCCACCAAGAAUGGACAACUGCUCUUUCUACACUCUGAAGAAGGCAGUGAAUUCUGGAGUGCUUUGCUGGAGAAAGCCUAUGCCAAGCUCAAUGGUUCCUAUGAGGCUCUUGCUGGAGGCUCCACCAUUGAGGGCUUUGAAGACUUCACAGGUGGCAUCUCUGAGUUUUAUGACUUGAGGAAGCCCCCAGGCAAUCUGUACCACAUCAUCCGGAAGGCCCUCCAUGCGGGAUCUCUGUUGGGCUGCUCCAUUGAUGCCUCAGGCGCAGCCGAAGCAGAAGCUGUCACCUGGCAAAAGCUGGUUAAGGGUCACGCAUACUCUGUUACCGGAGUCGAGGAGUUGGAUUUCCGUGGCUGCCCAGAGAAGCUGAUCCGACUGAGGAACCCGUGGGGUGAAGUGGAGUGGUCGGGAGCCUGGAGUGAUGCUGCACCUGAGUGGAAUUACAUCGAUCCCAGGAAGAAGGAAGAACUGGCCAAGAGGGCAGAGGAUGGAGAGUUCUGGAUGUCCUUUUCGGAUUUCUUGAAGCAGUUCUCUCGACUGGAGAUAUGCAACCUGCCCCCAGACUCUCUGAGCAGUGAAGAGCUCCACAAAUGGAACCUGGUGCUCUUCAAUGGCCGCUGGACACGCGGCUCCACAGCCGGAGGCUGCCAGAACCACCCAGGUGAGGCAGAGGCCAUCUGGCUUUUCCUGCCGGGGCUGCAUGCCACUUACUGGACCAACCCCCAGUUCAAAAUCCAUUUGGAUGAUGUGGAUGAGGACCAGGAGGAGGGCACCAAUGAAUCCUGCUGUACGGUGCUGCUGGGUCUGAUGCAGAAGAAUCGCAGACGGCGGAAGAGGAUCGGCCAGGGCAUGCUCAGCAUAGGCUAUGCCAUCUACCAGUCCCUUGACCACUCUAGCCCUGCUGAGGGGAUGCCAGGCAGACCCUACUUCCCCUCAGAGUAUUCCAAGGAGGUACGUGAGUAUCGCCUGCACAGAGACGAUCUUCAUUCAGUAAGAAAGGGCAUGCCUGCCUUUGACUCCUUCCUACAAUGGAGUCAGGCUCUCUGUGGAUACUCUUUUGAUCUGCUGGAGAGUCACACAGAUGCACAUCUGGGCCAGAACUUCUUCCUGGGCCGCCAGCCCUCUGCUGACUCUGGCAUCUACAUGAACCUGCGGGAAGUGUCCGGCCGGGUCCGACUGCCCCCAGGACAGUACCUGGUGGUACCAUCUACCUUUGAGCCCUCCAAGGAUGGUGACUUCUUCUUGAGGGUGUUCUCAGAGAAGAAGGCCAAGGCUCUGUGCGUCUACUUUGGACAUUUUCCAUACCGCCAUACGUCCGUCCCUACUCAGCCAGUACAGUCUCACGGGGAUGCUAACGGGUUGCUUGGGAGUCUGCAUGUGUCACUCCACAGUUCCUGUUUUCACUUUGAUCGCCCUCCUUUCCAGCCACAUCCAUGUGAUGCGGAUGGAGAAGAUGAGCAGCAUUUUCGGAGCCUGUUUGAGGAGUUUGCAGGCAAGGAUUCUGAGAUCAGUGCUAAUCAGCUCAAGAGGGCCCUGAAUGGAAUGUUUUCUACACGAACAGACAUGAAAUUUGAUGGAUUCAACAUCAACACUUGCAGAGAAAUGAUCAGCCUGCUGGAUACGGAUGGUACUGGAAGCCUGGGACCUGAGGAGUUCAAGACACUCUGGCUGAAGAUCCGCAAGUAUCUGGAGAUCUACAAGGAAAUGGACCACAGCCGUGUAGGGACCAUUGAGGCCCAUGAAAUGAGGACGGCCCUCCAGAAAGCAGGUUUCACUCUCAACGACAAGGUGCAGCAGUCUAUUGCCAUGAGGUAUGCGAGCAGCAAGCUUGGCAUUGACUUUGACGGCUUUGUGGCUUGUAUGAUCCGCCUGGAGACUCUGUUCAAACUGUUCAGGCUUUUGGACAAGGACCAGAAUGGCACUGUCCAGCUCUCCCUGGCUGAGUGGCUGUGCUGUGUGCUGGUCUGACCUGCUGUUGCAGACGUCAACAACUUCCCUGCCUUCCGCUCGUCUCUUUGCAAUCUUAAGAACACGUAUACUCAAGUGACAUUUUCUGAUUGUUGUAUUGUUCCAGCUAAUCACUGUUCCUGAGACACUGGUCUGUCCCAACAGAGCAGGCUGGGGAGCCCCAGAUCUCUCAGCAGCACAGAGCUAUGAGCUGUUUGAGCUGAUCCCAAGGCCCAGUGGAAGGAAAUCAAUCAAUUAAAGUUGUGGGCCAGAA